AUGGGUGACAUUCUAAAAGACAGUCGUUUCGGCAAAUACCUAAAUGAUCCGCGGUACCGUCAAAUUCCUAAAUAUGAGCGUAAAGUAAAAAUCGACAAAAGAUUUCAAUCGAUGUUCAAAGAUGAGAAAUUCAAAGUGAAAUACACUGUAGACAAACGCGGGAGACCUCUUAAUGAGACAUCUACUGAGAAUUUAAGAAAAUUUUAUGAAUUGGAGGAGUCUGCUGAAGAAUCAGAAAAUUCUGACGAGGAAGUUGUACAAGUUGAUAAAGAUAUUGGUACAGGCGAGAAUGAACCAGGACGAUUCGUCAAACGUCCUUCCACCCCAUCUGGUAUCGAAGAAGAGGACGAAAAGUCGCCUAAAUUAAAAAAUGACAAAUUGGUUCGGGGUAAACUAGAUAAAAAGACCAAAGAAAAAUUACAGGAUCUUGAUGUCGACUAUGCACGUGGAGAAGGUAUAUUACAAACGGAUAGCUCAUCAGAAGAGGAAAGCAGUAAUGAAGAGGAAGACAGUGAUGUGGAGCAUAAGUGGGGAGAGUUAGAUGCUGAUGCUGACUCUACAGAGGAAUCCGCUAAACGAAUUGCAAUUUGCAAUAUGGACUGGGACAACAUCAAAGCCACAGAUAUUAUGGUUCUACUUCACUCAUUCCUGCCUGCUGGAGGGAUAAUACACAAAGUCACUAUCUAUCCUUCUGAGUAUGGUUUAAAAAGAAUGCAGGAAGAGGAAAUUCGUGGACCCAUUGAAUUAACUGAGGAGAAAGUCGAUGAGCCAUCUGACAAUGAAGAAAACGAAGAAGGCUCUACUUAUCACAUGGAAAAGCUGAGACGUUAUCAGCUGAACCGACUGAAGUAUUAUUACGCAGUAGUGGAGUGUGACUCGGUCACCACUGCUGAUAAGUUGUACAGCGAAUGCGAUAGUAUGGAGUACGAGAGCAGUGCCACAAAAAUUGAUAUGAGAUUUAUACCAGAUGACGUUUCUUUUGAUCAGGAGCCGCGCGAAGUUUGCACGAAUCUACCAGAUUUGACAAAAUACAAACCACGGUUAUUCACGACUACAGCGUUGCAGCAGGCAAAGGUAGAAUUGACAUGGGACGCAACAAACCCUAAUCGCGCCGAGGCCAUUCGCAGCGCACUCGACGGCAAGAUUGACGACUUGGAUUUGAACGACUAUCUGGCUUCUAGUAGUGAAGAUGAAAAUUCUGAAGAAGAAAACAAAGUAAACGAAGAAGAUGAUCCAAUAAAGAAGUAUAUAAUGCUGCUUGAAGACAUUGAGAAAAAAGAGGAUAAAAAGAAUAAUAAAGACAUGGAGAUGGAGAUCACAUGGGGUUUGGGUAUAAAAGACAAGGCUGAGGAACUUGUUAAGAAAAAGAUGAAUGAAGAUGACAAAGACCUAACUCCAUUUGAGAAAAUUCUUAAGAAAAGGAAAGAAAAGCAAAAACAAAAGAAAUUACAGAAGCAAAAAAGUGAAGCUGAAAACGAUGACUCAAAUUCCGAGGGAUCAUCUGACGAUGUACCUUCUGAUAUUGACAUGAACGAUCCAUACUUCGCAGAGGAGUUCAAUAAUUCCGAAUUCAAGAAAGCUAAAUGUAACAACAAAAAGAAGUACACUAAAGAGCUCAUUGAGUCUGCACAUGAAGAAGAACAAAAAAGAAACGCUGAACUAGAAUUGUUACUAGAUGAGGAAGAUGGCAAAUCACACUUCAGUUUAAAGAAAAUCCAAGAAGCCGAAAACAUCUCUAAGAAAUCCAAAAGAAAAAAGAAACUCAAAGAGAAGAUGGCCGCGCAACAGCAAGCUUUGCCUGAAUUUGAGAUUAAUGUUAACGACCAACGGUUCUCUGCUCUGUAUACAUCUCAUUUAUACAAUAUAGAUCCCACUGAUUCAAACUUCAAAAAAACUAAAAAUAUGGAAAAACUUAUACAAGAGAAGUUAAAAAGACGACCUGCCGAUACACCACCAAACGAGAAUGAAAAAGAGCCCAAAAAAUCGAGAGACGACGUAGAACUUAAUUUAUUAGUGAAAAACCUUAAACGAAAAACAAAAGAUGUUUCGAUGAAUAAAUAAAUUAUAUACUCUAAAACAAACGUUUCACUUUUCACCUAUAUUACAUUAAGGGCCUAGAACUAAAAUGUUUCUGUC